AUUGACUGUACGCCUUUCUAUUAUAUAUAUACUUUAUGGCCAAGAUAAUAAACAGAUAAAACCAACAUAACCCUAAUAGUAAAUAAUGUCAAAUCUGUCAAAAUAAUUAAAUUAAAUAUUAACUAUUUAAAUAUUUAACAAUCGAAAAUGGAAUUCGAAGAUGACUUUUUCUUUGAAGAGGAUAAAAUUUUAUUGAAUCUCUCAGUUACACCUAUGGAAUCUGCAUGUGAAAAAAAUACAAAUGAAUCUUCUUCCGUACAACAAUUACCAAAUACUCUGACCACCGUGCCUUUGGCUAACGUCGAUAUAAAUCAAGUAACUGAAACGGAUGAUCUCAUACCAGAUACUAGUAUCGAUCAAUUUAACAGAUCGUCAUCAUUGUUGCCUUAUUAUCAAUUGGGAAUGACAAUAACGUCGGGAAAUAUUGUUAUACAAAAGGAUAAUAGUAAUUUAAUUGGAAUUAGUAUUGGUGGUGGCGCUCCAUAUUGUCCAUGUUUAUAUAUAGUACAAAUAUUUGACAAUACACCAGCUGCAUUGGAUGGUACAUUACAAGCUGGUGAUGAACUUGUUGCAGUAAAUGGAGCUUCAUUAAAAGGAAAGACAAAAGUUGAAGUUGCCAAAAUGAUACAGGCUUGCGAAAAGCAAGUCAGUAUUAAUUAUAAUAAAUUACAUGCCGAUCCAAAACAGGGACACACUUUAGAUAUUGCACUUAAAAAGGUAAAACAUAGAUUGGUGGAGGGUAUGGGAAGUGCUACUGCUGAUGCUUUAGGAUUAUCACGAGCAAUUCUUUGUAACGAUGCACUUGUUCAAAGAUUAACUGCUUUACAAAGAACGGAAAGUUUAUAUAGAGGAUUACUUUCUCAUGCAAAAGUUACGUUACAUGCUUUUUUUGAUUUAACACAAAUAUAUAAAGUUUUUGGCGAUGCAUUCGCAGCGAUUGGUGUACGUGAACCACAGCCACGUGCAAGUGAAGCUUUCCGACAAUUUGGCGAUCAACAUAGACAAAUGGAAAAAUUUGGUGUUACCAUGUUAAAAACUUUAAAGCCAAUUUUAAACGAUUUAGGAACAUAUCUUCAUAAAGCAAUUCCCGAUACUCGUUUAACAAUUAGUAAAUAUGCUGACGCUAAAUUUGAAUAUCUUUCAUAUUGUUUAAAAGUUAAAGAACUUGAUGAUGAGGAACAAAGUUAUGCCGCUGUUCAAGAGCCAUUUUAUCGUGUUGAAACAGGAAAUUAUGAAUAUCGUUUAAUAUUGCGUUGUCGUCAGGAGGCUAGGGCAAAAUUUGCCAAACUUCGUUCAGAUGUUCUUGUUAAAUUAGAAUUAUUGGACAAUAAACAUGUACAGGAUGUUGUUUGGCAAUUACAAAAAUUUGCAUCAGGCUUAGCUGAAUAUUAUGCGAAUACAAAAAAUUUACUAUCAUCCGAUGCUUUAUUUCCUGUUGAAGUUGAUUUAUCAAAUUCGGCAUUUCAAUAUAAAUCAUUUGAAUCGCAAAUUUCUAUUGAUGAUGAUGAUUAUGAGGGGGAACUUAAAAAUACUGAUAAUGAACAGAUAUUAAUGUUAGAUACGCAUGAUACAUAAUUUUCAAUAAAUUUAAAUUUAUAAAUAAAUUAAAUUAUUUAGAGAAAAUCCAAAGAUCUUUAAUAAAAAUGUUUUUGCCAUUAUUUCAAUGCGAAAUAAAAUCAAAUUUUAAAUGUACUUUUUGUAAAAUGGAUUAUCCAAAGUCAGCUAGAUUCAAUACCAAAAAAAAACAAUUUUUAAAUACAAAAUCAAAUUUUCAUAAAUUAAAUACGUGAAAAAAAAUGACAAAUUCCUAAAUUGUGUUUAAAUGUUGUAUAUUUAAUGAAUAUUGAUGUUAUUAAAUUAAAUUGUUUUUUGUAAAACGUUAAUAAAAACCAAUUUUAAUAAUAAAAA